AUGGCAUGGCCCGUGAAACCAGUGCAUACCAUCAAGAAACGCAAAGCCUUCUUGGUGCAUCGGGGUACCCAGACAGAAGAGAUCCCGGAUAUCUGCAUUGAAUGUGGGAAGGUCUUCAUCCAGAACUCCAGCCUGAUCAGCCCGUGGCCUGUCCAGAGCGAUGAUAAGCCACACAAGUGUUCCGAGUGCGGGAAAAGCUUUUCUGUCCGUUCCAGCCUCAACAGGCAUCAGAGAAUCCACACCGGGGAAAAGCCGUACAUCUGUCUCGACUGCGGCAAGCGAUUCAAUGACAAGUCCAACCUGACUCAGCACCAACGGAUCCACACGGGCGAGAAGCCCUACGAGUGCAUUGACUGCGGCAAAAGUUACAGCCGCAGCUCUCACAAGAAGAAGCAUUCGAAGGAGCCGGUGGAAGAGCCGCAAGACCUUUGCGCCCCGGUGGACGGGGCCAACGCCAGUGCCGUUGACGAGAAGCCCAAAGCCAAACAGAAAGCGGAAGUGCUGAACACGUGUACAGAGUGCCUGCGGAGUUUCGGCCACAACGCUGACCUGAUCAAGCACAUGCGCAUCCACACAGGGGAGAAGCCCUACAAGUGUAACAUCUGCGAGAAGAGCUUCAACGUCAGUUCUAACCUCUUUCGACACCAGAGAAUCCACACCGGUGAAAAGCCGUACGUGUGUUCCGAGUGUGGGAAUUGCUUCACUGACAAAUCGACCCUGGUCCAGCACCAUCGGAUCCACACUGGAGAGAAACCUUAUGCUUGCCGGUUCUGUGGCAAAUGUUUCCUCUAUACCUCAGACCUGGUCAAGCAUAUGCGCAUCCACACGGGCGAGAAGCCUUUUGAGUGCAGCCACUGCGGGAAGUGUUUCAACGUCAGCUCCAACCUCAUCCGGCACAAGAGGAUCCACACAGGGGAGAAACCUUACACCUGCUCCGUCUGUGGGAAGAGCUUCACCGACAAAUCCACCCUCACCCAGCAUAACCGCAUCCAUACGGGAGAGAAACCUUACACCUGUAGUUACUGCGGGAAAAGCUUCAGCCGGAGUUCUCAUCACAAGAGGCACCAGCGGAUCCACGUGGGGGAAAAUCCGGUCUCUCUCCUGCCUCUGUGGCCUUAUCCUAACCAAAUGUACUGA